CUGAAUCGAUCCCAGUAGUCUCCAUGGGGAAGGGAUUGUUCGAUCUGGAGAAGCAUUUCGCCUUCUACGGAGCGUAUCACAGCAACCCGGUGAACGUCCUCAUCCACAUGCUCUUCGUCUGGCCUAUCUUCUAUACCACUCUCCUUCUCUUCCACUUUGCUCCCCUCCCCUUCGCCGAUGGUGGUCUCGCCUCCGUCUUCGCCCUCAUCUAUGCUCUCUUCUACCUCCUCAUGGACCCCAAGGCCGGAUCUCUCGCUGCCCUCCUCUGCUUCCUCUGCUGGCUCGGCAGCGCCUCCCUCGCCGCCCGCCUUGGCUUCUCGCUCGCUUGGAAGGUUGUUCUGGCAGCUCAGUUGUUUAGCUGGACCGGACAAUUUAUAGGCCAUGGAGUGUGUGAGAAGCGAGCACCAGCUCUUAUGGACAAUCUUUCUCAAGCUUUUUUGAUGGCCCCAUUCUUUGUUUUGCUGGAGGCACUUAACUUUUUCGGGUAUGAACCAUAUCCUGGCUUCCAUGCCGAUGUAAGUGCAAAGAUUGAGGCUGCUCGAAAGGAAUGGCAGGCCAACAAGCAGAAGAAAAGUUCUAAAUCACGUUACCACCAUUUUCUUCCUGGAUCUGGUUGUCAUCAGUUAUUAGACUCGUGCGGUUAGUGUCGUUGCCAUAAUUAAACAGCACCACAGCUUUCGUGUCAUAUGCUUUGCAUCAUCAUUGUGAAUAUGUCACAAAAAUCAUGAAUUCUCAAAAACUAAUGA